GGGCGCGUGGCGGCACGAAGCAAGGAAUUUAACGAGGAAACUUGUUGGAUUCCGGAUUCACUUUACUGACGUGUAUUUUCUGGGCCGGAACCGUAGAGGUGAUGUAAUGGGCCAAGAAGUGAACGUGGGCCGGAUACAGCCUGAUUCGCUGAGCGAGAGAGGAGUGGGCGGUCCGGCGGGAGAGGAUGCGCCGAUGCGGUGGCCGGCGGCGCAGGCGGCGAGGCAAACCAAUGACGGCCGACGGACGGUGAGGAACAGGGGGGCUGAAGACGGAGGUCGGGAGGGAGAGGCAUAUCCAGGCCGGCGAGGUCUCGCAGCGCGAUGAAGCAAGUCAUGACCGCCGCUCCACGGUUGGGAAGGAAGGGGAGGAGCCGCGGCAGCCGGCAACGAUGAGAUCGCGAGGAGGGCAGCGCGGCACGGGAGCCGGCGGCGAGGGUGGAGGGGCGGGACGGGGCGCGUGGCGGCGCGGGGGAUUGGAGUUGGGUGCGGCUCCUCACGCGGGGCGUGGCACGCACGGGCUCGCUACGGAUUGAAGGUAACGCGCCCUCCGCAACCAACCGUCCCAAACCCCCAACCAAACUCUCCCUCCCUCCGCGCACGGACCGGCGGCUGCCCCUCGGAUUGGGCUCUCUCGCCUCCGCGCGCCGCCCAUGGCCUCCUCGCUCGUCUCGCGCCCGCACCUCACCCCUCGCCCCGUCCGUGCUGCCUCCCUAGCCUCCCCUUCCCGCGCCCGCGUCGCGGCCGGGGGCCUUGGCGGCCGCGGGGUCGCGGCCAGCGUGCGGUGCCAAGCGCAGGCGGCGGGGGACUUGGACCGCCACUACAUGCGGCGGUGCGUGGAGCUGGCUCGCAAGGCCGCCGGCCACACCAGCCCCAACCCUAUGGUUGGCUGCGUCAUCGUCCGUGACGGCCGCGUCGUCGGGGAGGGAUUCCACCCCAAAGCCGGCCAGCCACACGCCGAGGUAUUUGCUCUGAGAGAUGCAGGUGAUUUAGCUGAGAAUGCAACUGCUUAUGUGAGCUUGGAGCCCUGCAACCACUAUGGAAGGACUCCUCCUUGCACUGAAGCACUCAUCAAUGCGAAAGUGAAGGAAGUUGUCGUGGGGAUGACUGACCCAAAUCCUAUCGUGGCAUCCAAAGGGAUUGAAAAGCUCCAAAAUGCUGGGAUAGAUGUGAGGGUGGGCGUCGAGGAAGCGUUGUGCCACAGACUGAAUGAGGCUUACAUCCAUCGGAUGCUCACUGGGAAGGCUUUUGCAACGUUGAGAGCUACACUCUCAAUGAAUGGAAUUGUCACAAACCAAAUUGGGAAGGGAGCUGAUCUUUCAGGUGGGUACUACUCGCAAUUGAUGAAAGAAUAUGAUGGAGUCAUAAUUUCAAGCGACCUGGCCAAAAUGUCAACCUUGCCGGUGUCACAUGAAGCUGGAGCAAACCAACCUCAGUAUAUCAUCAUAGCACAAGGAGAAAGUUCCCGACUACAUAUCCCAUCCCUCAGCGAAGAACAUGCAUCUAAGGCUAUAGUUCUUGCUGAUAGUCCUGUCACCGUGGAGCCAGCAGGGGUUGAAGUCGCAGUCCUUCGCCAGAUAGAUCUAGACUCCAUUCUUCUACUCCUUGCACAGCGAGGGCUUUGCAGCGUGCUGGUGGAUUUCAGAGAGGCCGGGGAAAGCUUUGCGUCGCUUCUGAACGACUUCCAGGAGGACAAGCUGGUGCAGAAGGUUGUUCUGGAGUUCCUGCCUGUUUGGCUAGCGAGCGAAGGGCUCAACAACCUGGCGUUUGGCGGCAGGCAAUCAUUUCCGCUGAAGAACGUGGAGUACAGGGAGUCCGGCAACGCGGUGUCGCACCCACACCACCCCUACGGCACGGAGACGCUGACCCACAUCGCCGUGGACUACCGCCCGGAGGCCUGCCGCCACGAGCCCCACGCCGGCGAGAUCCACGUGACCUACGACCACCGCCACCGCGGCAGGGACGGCUCGCGCUGGCGCUCCAGCCGCCGCUUCCUCCCUGGCAGCGCCGUGGCCGCCACCAUCCGCGCCCCCGCGGGGGACACCUCGGGGCUCAACUACAACCUCUACCUCUCCUCCCUCGAGUGCUCCCGGGACAUGGACGAGAUCGACUUCGAGUUCCUCGGCCACGACAAGCGCGCCGUCCAGACCAACUACCACGUCCAAGGAGGCGGCGGCCGGGAGCAGAUCCACCCGCUCCCCUUCGACUCCUCCGACGACUUCCACCACUACGCCAUCGCCUGGGACGCCAAGGCCAUCGAGUGGCGCGUCGACGGCGAGCUGAUCCGGCGGGAGGAGCGCCGCGAGGGGGAGCCGUGGCCGGAGAAGCCAAUGUACCUGUACGCCUCCGUGUGGGACGCCAGCGACAUCGACGAGGGGAGGUGGACCGGCAAGUACCACGGCCGCGACGCGCCCUACGUCUGCAGCUACAAGGACGUAGUGGUGCCCACCAUUGCGUUUUCGGUGGAAGAGGAAGAAGAACGUCAAGAUGCAGGUGCCGGAGAUGCGCCUGCUGAUGAUCCGGCCGCCGGCGCUGCUGCUGUGGAAGAAAAUGUGGAUACCACCGGAGCCGGCAAAGAAUAGAUCUUGCCAUCUUGGUGGUGCUCUGUCCAUCAUGAUUCAGUGUGUUGCAGCCAUGUGGUGUCAUCCUCAUGCCUUAUCGUUUUGUUGUCCUUGCCAAACAAAAGGAAAGUAAUAUGCAAUGUGAUAUUCUUCUGUCGUGAUUGGCUCGUUGAAUAAUUGGAAUUUUUGAACUUUGGUCCCUG